UAGAAGGACAUUUUGUAUUAGGAGCCUUUUCGUCACUUUGGGCUUGAGCAGCACGUCCUAUAGAUCUGAUUGUCUCACAAGAUGCAGAGAUUCUUGUUUAGCCGUGUCUUGGAACAAACUCGUCAUCAUCAACAUCAGAUAAGCCGACGCUUUCUCACUCUUGUUCCAUCUCUGUCUCACCAUGUUCCUGCUCCUGCCUCUGUUGCCACUUCCUCUCUUCCCGUUACAAUCAACUCCAUCAAUCCCAAGAAGGUUCCUGUAAUCUGGCACUCCAGAUGCACAACUCCUGCGACAGUGAACUGUGUCAGAGAGAUCCACAAGAGUUCGGUCAGCGAUAUCCCGAAAAACACAAAGAGUUCAGUCAGCGAUAACCCGAAAAAAAAAAAGAUUUCGGCCAGCGAUAACCCGAAAAAAAGAAAGAGUUCGGCCAGCGGUAUGGCGAAAAAAAGAAAGAGUUCGGUCAGCGAUAUCCCGAGAAGAACAAAGUUUCAGAAACACCAUAGAGGAAGAGUUAAAGGAAUAUCAAACCUUGGGAAUCUUACUGGCAGAUAUGCUCUUCAAACACUUGAACCCGGCUGGAUAACAUCUAGACAAAUAGAAGCAGGGAGACGAGCAAUGACACGAAAUGUACAACGCGGUGAAAAAGUCCGAGUACGUAUAUUUGCAGACAAAUCAGUUACAGUAAAACCAACUGAAACGCGUAUGGGUCGUGGGAAAGGAGCCCCAGCGUUUUGGGUAGCUGUGGUUAAACCAGGUAAAGUCAUUUACGAAAUGGGUGGUGUAUCUGAAAACACAGCUAGAAAAGCUAUUACAAUAGCUGCAUCGAAGUUGCCUCUAAAAACCCACUUCAUUAUUUCUAAAUAAAGCCUAUAGGAGCUUUGUAAUUUGCAGCUGUAUGCUCAUAUUGGUUGAUGUUAUAAGUUGCCUUCUAGGUUUUGCUUUUUUGCAUUCACAGUUUGCUCACUUUU